AUGAUAGCCGACAAGGAGACCAUCGUGGCUGAGCCGCCAGCGCCCGUCUCGUUCUUUGACCCGACACUGAAGGAUGUUCGACGACGGGUAUACUUUCAAUGGUGUCGCAUCGUGUUGAUCCUCUGCAUCUUUGUCCUGGCAGUUCUCUCAAUAUACUGGGGCGUGCAGUAUGAAACUGAACGCAAGCUGGACUCCCUCAAGGUCUGGGUCGUCGAUUUUGAUGGCAAGACGGACAACUACCGGACGAGCGAUCCUGUCGUUGGUCCAGCAGUGAUCAACAUUGCCCAGCAAUUCACCGACUCGCAAGGCGAACAUCUCGGCUAUGUCAUCAAGGACGCCGGCGAGUUUGACAACGACUUCUGGGCUGUCCGACAGGCCAUAUAUGAUGAAAAGGCCUAUGCGGCGGUGAUUGUGAAUCCCAACGCGACUGCCCUCCUACGCGGUGCCGUCAGCCAGCAAAACUCGAGCUACGAACCCUCUGGCGCUAUUCAGUCCGUGAUCAUCUCCGCCCGAGACGAGACGACCUACGCGAAUUAUGUGUCUCCUGGGUUGGCCAAAUUUCAAACCGCUGUUUUGACAUCCUUUGGUCCACAAUGGGUGCAACAACUAGUUGCCAACACCACGGAGCUCAGCUCCAUUCCCCCACAGGCAAUCAACCCGGCCAUCGGCUUCACCAAUGUUGACCUUCGCCCAUUCUCACCGGCCGUGGCCGCUCCCGCCGUCACUAUCGGACUCAUCUACCUCAUCAUCAUCGCCUUCUUCACCUUCCCCUUUAUAAUGCCGAUUCACGCGCAACUCAUCAAACCCUCGUCCACCCAUGCUCCCUUGAAAAUGAGCCAGUGGCUCAUAUGGCGAAUCUGCUCCAACAUUGCCGCUUAUUUCUUCCUCAGCCUCUUCUACAGUCUGGUCAGCUUGGCCUUCCAGAUUCCAUUCGCGAACUCGCCCGCCCCGGAUACUCUCACUGCGCAAAAUGCGAAUGCAUACGGCAAUGGCUCAUUCGUCGUCUUUUGGAUGUUGAACUGGGUGGGGAUGGCGGCACUAGGGUUCCCGUGUGAAAAUAUGGCCAUGAUCUUGGGGUUCCCAUGGAGUUCGCUCUUUUUGAUCUUCUGGGUCAUUACUAAUGUGGCGACGGGAUUUUAUCCCUUGGACCUGGCGAAUGUGUUUUAUCGAUGGGGCUAUGCGUGGCCGUUGCACCGAAUUGUGGAGGCGAUUCGCACCAUCAUCUUCGGAACUCAUUCGCGAAUUGGACUCGAUUUCGGAAUCUUGUUCAUUUGGGUUGCCAUGUCUAUUGCCUUCUUCCCCGUGGCAAGCUUCAUCAUGCGCUGGAAGAUGAGGCGCGGAUGGGCGUAA